AUGGCCGACACCGCACGCGCAGCCACGGCGCAGAAGCAGCACCGGCGCCCAGGCUCGCGCAUCGUGCCUGCCAUCCCCUACCGUCUGUCCAAGUCUCAGCCAUCAGCCAGACCCAUCACACCAGACGGCUCCACCAAGGACAGCGUUGCCCACCCAGCUAAGCCGCAGCCGGAGCCGCAAUCCGCGCACGAGAGGCAGGAACAAGAGCAAACUGAAAAUCAGCAGGCCGAGGCGGUGCAGACUCCUCUUACGCCAGAGUCAAACACUUCGGGCGCAGAAAAGAGAGAGCUCGAUGCAACCGCCGCGCCUGGCCCGUUGCAGAAUGGCCACUCGGCACCGGCAGACACUCAUGAUGCAGACAACCACGUCAACGGCCAUGCCGACGAGAAGCCUCCCGCGCCCGUGGAGCCCAGCGCCGAGCCCAAGCCUGCCACGAACGGAGUGCACCGCAAACUGACCAUACCCGCCCACCUGCCUCCACCCUUCUAUCCCUCGAACAAGACGGACACGCAGACACCGCCCACAGAAGGCAGCGACAGCGCUCACACUUCCUCGCACCGCCACCAGCUCAGUGCUGGUGCUCUGGUCUUCCAGAGCGCGAAUGAGUCACCGGCACCUCCUGUGGCUCCUCAAGAGCCAGAGCUGCACCAGCACGAACAGCACGCGCUGCCACGUCCUCCGCCUGGGUUCGGUCCCCAGCAGUUUGCGCCCUUCUUCCCCGGCCACGCCCAGCAUCCCUCAGAGGCAGGAGCGCCCUGGCAUGUGCCGCCACAAGCAGUCGCACCGCCUGAAGCUGCCUACGCAAACGGCUCCGAGUUUCGACCCUCGCAGUUUCCCAGCGGUCCUGUCCUCUAUCCGGGUCCUCCCAACGGUCACUUCUCGCCGGAACAGGCAGCUUUUGUCGCAAACGGUACCCGCACCUCGCACUCGCAGUCACCAAGCAAGGCACAAUUUGGCGACACGGUACCCACAUCAGACCACGGGGACGAGCAUCAUGCCAUGCCCUACCAGAAUGGCACUGCCCCUCCUACCGAACGCCUCGAGGAGUCGCCGUUUGAACUUGCCAGCUAUUUGUCAAUCCAAUUCGCCAACCCCGAAUUCGCCGACUUCAUCCUCCAAGUUCGGUCACCUGAGUCCAUUCUGAUGUCAGUACCAGUUCACGGCAUCGUAGUCGUGCGGAGCCCUGUCAUAGCCGAAGCAAUUCGUCGCAGCCCGGCCCCCAGCCACCGCAGCAGAGACGCGCGCCGACUGGUCGAUGUCCUUGCGCUCGACCCUUUCACUACCGGCGAAUCCCUAGAGGAAGCUGUCAGGGUUCUGUAUGGCGCCCCGCUCCUUUCUGCCCAGACCUUCCUGUUCGGCCUUGCACCUUACAUGUACGAGAACGACCAAGCGUCCCCUUCCAACGACGCCCGCAUGCGCAUGCGACAAGUUCUGAGCUACAUUGCGGCAGCAAGGACUCUCCAGAUGCCUAGCAUGCAGGCGCGCGGUAUUGAGAUCGCACGGAUGCUUCUCCGAUGGGAUACUGUCGAGCAGGUACUGCAAUAUACACUGCAGGCCAGCUCUGGGCCACGAUCAAGAGGUGAAGGUCCCGAUGCAGAAGACCCCUUCAUUUCAAUGCUGCUCAAUCACGCUCUCGAGUUCAUCGCCUACACCUUCCCUGCCGACUUCAAAUUGUACGCGAUAGCGCCAGAGUUUUCAGAUGCUCCACGUCUGCCAGCACUCGUUGAACCACGUAACGCCGCGCAUAACCCAAGGCUAAGCAAGAUUCGGUUCGGUGACGCGCCACCGGAAGAUGAUCACCGUCCUAGCCACGCGACCGUCGUGCUGUCGACUAUUCUGCUAUCUCUGCCACUUCCACUCGUGGAACGGCUCUUCAAUCAUCGGGCAACAGCGAAUCAACUCGGAUGGAGUGGUGCCACUAAGAUCUUGCGCGAAGUAGUCAAUGAGCGUGAGAAUCGGCGCCAAAAGGCAUCGGCGGGCCAGUUGAAGCCGAGCCAAGAUGGUACCAUUCCAGCCGGCCUCUUGAACAACGUGUAUCUUGAAGAACGCGUGGAGCAAGUCGAGCCAUCAUCUCUUCACCCUUCCGGCCAUCGCUUGGCGACGAAACGGGUCGCCAGCGACACAUGA